AUGGCGCUGUGGCUGCGGCGGGGCCGCGGCCCGGAGCGCAGGGCGGCCGAGCGGCGGGAGCUGCAGGAGCGCAGCCGGCAGCAGUGGGAGAGCACCAGCCGCGCCUUCGCCCGCGCCGCCGCCUGCUGCUCGCUGCAGGCGCGGUGGACGCGGCGGCGGCUGGCGGCGCGGCUGGAGCGGCGGCGGGAGCGGCUGCGGCGGCUGCUGGGCGAGGAGCGGGAGGCGCUGGCGGCGGAGCUGCGGGAGCGGCGGCGGAGCCAGGAGCUGCGGGACAACGCCGGAGAGAGCGGGAGGAAGUUCGCUGAGCCGCCGCUGCAGGAGCGCUGGAACAAAAACAACGCGGAGCUCCGAGAGGCAGAGUCUGAGCUGCAGAGGAAGCACGUGAGGGAGGCUUGGGGUGAUCAGCUAACACAACAAACCAAGGAAGAGGUGACCAAACUUGAAGAGAAGAAACAUGAAAAUGAGUGUGAAACUGCACGAGGGGAAGCGCUGGAAAGAACAAGACGAGAGGAAGAGAAGCCUCAGCUGGAGAAGACCUUGCUUCAGCAGAUAGAAGAACUGAAACUGCAGGAAACAAAGGCAACGAAGCUGAAAAAGGAACAAGAGAAUUUAUUGAAGCAGCAGUGGGAGCUGGAGAAUUUGGAAGAAGAAAGGAAACAAAUGGAAGAGCACCGGAGGAAGAAGGAGCUCGGUCGCUUUUUGAAGCAUCAGUGUGACGUCCAGUUAAGGAGACGAGCGCAGCAGGUACAGGAGGAGCUGGAGGCAGACAGGCAAAUCUUAUCAGCCCUCCUGGAGAAGGAAGAGCAGGAUCAGAGCUGGCAGAGCGCGUGGCGGGGACGGGCGGUGGCAGACGUGGCCUGGAUGAAGAAGGUCAUUGAGGAACAGCUCCAGCUGGAAAAGGAGAGGGAAGCAGAGCUCGAGACUAUCUUCAGGGAAGAAGCAAAAAAAAUCUGGGAGAAGAGGGAAGAAGAAUGGGAAAGAGAGAAGGCGGCCAGAGAUCGCCUGAUGAGUGAGGUCCUUGCAGGCAGGCAGCGCCAGAUCCAAGAGAAGAUGGAGCUAAACAGAAGGGCCCAAAAAGAGUCCAUUAAAUAUCGAGAGCAGCUGAUCAAAGAGCUCGAGGAGGCCAAGGAAGGGACUCGUCGGGAGAAGGAGCAGGAGGAGGAACAGCAGAGAGCCCACAGGAGGGAGCUGCAGGCACAGGGGACAGAGCACAGCUUGAGAGGGGAGGAGCAGCAGGAGGGAUCAGCCCGGCAGCACCUGGAGGAGCUGGAGCAGCAGGAGGCCAGGCAGGGCUGGCACAGCAGGUUCUACAGUUACCCAAGAGCAGCUUGGACCUGAGGAAUGAGCAUGAGAUGCAGCUCCAGACUACAGAGAGAAAACUCUGAGCACCCAAGGAACUCCUGAAAUAACAGUGCCUCUGGAAUAGCCUACAGUGAGAUCAAGACUUGACUCACUCGAUUUCUGAAAACAAUUUUUAGUUGUGGCCAAGCUGAAGAGGAGAAAAGUUCUACUGUCUUCAGGAAUGUGGAGGUGUGAGCACCUUCAGAGAAGUGAACUGCUUCACUUUGCAUUCUGGAGUUGUGCACAUGUAUUUUGGUAUGUGAGAAGCUGAAGCAACCCAGUAAAUUAAAGGGCUCUGUGGACCUGAGCCACAAAAGCAUCUGUGUCUCCCCAGGAAGAGGAGCUGUGGGGCUGUGUCAGACUCCCACCUUGGAGAAUCAGGCUGUGCCUGGUUCCCACUGGACUGUGAGGAGUUAAUUCAUAAUGUAUAUUGCAAAUCAGUCAGAUCAUGUGUGCUGUGGCAGCAGUGCUUGUCCAGUUCCUCUCCAGAAGGUGCUGGAGAAUUAAAUAUUGUUUUUCACUUCUUUAAUAAAUAAUGAAUAAUUGAAACCUGAA